AUGGGGGAUUGCAAAGUGCCAAAGGUGUGCUGUCCUCCUCCAGUCAAGCCAUGUUGCCCAGCUCCUCAGGAGACCAUUAGGAUCUGUUGUGAGGUUCCCAAACCAAGUCCUCCCAGGUGUGACCUGAAGCCUCCUUUGCCCAAGUGUGAGGAAUCUGGGUCUUGGGGUUCCACUCUGCUCAAGUUGGCUGGGGUUGCCUUGGUGGGGGCUCUGCUUUUUGCAGCUGUCAACUAUGCUGCUGGGGUCUACACUGAUCAAGGAGAUGAGGUCUCAUUGAAACCUUCCAUUGCUAAAAUGGAGGUGAUGGUGAUGCACCAGGGCCUGAAUGAGUGGCUGAAGUCUCCAGCAGUCAUGCAAGAUGACCCCGCGCGACACCUACAUCGAUCCACAACAACGAUCCACGCGGUCACGUUCUUCUUCUUCUCCUCCUUGGCGUGGGAAAGAAAAAGGCGACGAAUCGCCGCCGCCGCCGAAGACGAAGCCGAAGCCGCCGCAGCAUCCCUGAUGAGUGAGUUCACCUUUCUCCGAGGCGGCCGGGGGUGUGACCUUUGGCCGCCCCGGCGCGGGGAUUAUUGCGCACACGCCCGGGAGCGUGCGCGAGCCGCCGUCUCGGAGCGUGGGAAAACAACCGGGCGCCACCGGGACGACCGCCACUCUGGCCACCACCAUCACCACUUCUUCUUCUUCUUCUCCUUCUGCUCUCUAUACAUAUACCUCGAAACGUAUCAGCUGCACCGCCCGGCUGCUGCCAGGCCUCCUUGA